AUGCCUGAUACCCGCCCUAACAUCCUUUUAAUCACCACCGACCAACAACGUGGUGACUGUCUGGGCUUGGAUCCCAACGGGCCCAACUGCUUACAGACACCAAACUUGGAUUGGAUCGGUCGCACUGGCACGCAUUUCCGCCGUGGAUAUGCUGAAUGCCCGAGUUGUAUUCCGGCUCGACGUAGUCUGAUGACAGGUACCGCGCCAGCCGCCAACGGCGCAGUUGGAUUUAAAGGAGCACCGUGGAACCCACCGCAUACCUUGGCAGGUGAAUUGUCUGCAGCUGGUUAUCAAACCGAGAUGAUCGGCAAACUACACCUGACCCCACCGCGUAAACGGUACGGUUUCGAGCACCUCCAACUGGCUGAUGCCACCCGUGGCGAUGAUAACGACUAUGUCGAUUGGUUGCGGCAAUAUCACCGCCGCAACGAUGUUCAUCCAGGCGUUGCCCACGGUGUCUCCGCCAACGGGUGGGUCGGUCGCCCGCAUCAUCUACCGGAAGAGCAGAUGCACACCUUCUGGUGUAUCGACCGCACCCUCAAUUUUCUUCAAAAACGUGACCCGACGGUGCCCUUUUUUCUCAACAUCUCUUUUAUAGAUCCGCACCCACCGUUAACUCCACCGGCACAUUAUUACCAGCGCUACAUCCAGCGGGAUCUCCCUUCACCGGUGGUUGGUGACUGGGCACCCGAAUUCGAGGGGGCUGAGAAGGGGUUGGAUCCAAACGCUUGGGAAAUCUGUCUCGACGACCACGAUAUGCAAUGUGCUCGUGCGGCUUAUUACGGGAUGAUCAAUUUUAUCGAUGAUCAGAUCGGCCGCUUAAUCCAGUCCAUAGGCGGACUGGCGGACUGUUUGAUCGUUUUCACCUCCGACCACGGUGAGAUGCUGGGCGACCACAACCUGUACCGCAAAACCUGGCCCUACGAAGCCUCGGCACGAGUGCCUUUUCUGAUACGGGCACCGGCGAAAUGGGGCUACCCAACAGAAUCCGUCUGCCAAAGCCCCGUCGGUCUACAAGACAUCAUGCCCACUAUUUUGGACGCUACCGGGGUUGAGAUUCCCAGUAUCUGCACUGGCAGAAGUCUACUACCCAUCAUGCAAGGGAAUACCGACCGGGUACGGGACUAUCUACAUGGAGAGCACUCCGGUUGUUACGAUUACAGUCAUGGUAACCACUAUGUAACCGACGGACAUUACAAGUACGUGUGGUAUUCCCAAACCGGUCGAGAACAUCUCUUCAAUCUGCAGGACGAUCCCCACGAAACACACGAUCUGGCUGAAUCGGAAACCCUCCUAACCCCUUGGCGGAAUCGUUUAAUCGAGUUUCUCCGUCACCGCCCCGAAGGCUUCACCGAUGGCACAAAUCUCAUAGCGGGGCAAACGCAUGAUGCCUUGCUGCCGGACUAUCAUCCGGAUGCCACUUAUUCCUAUUUGUGA